AUGGCCUCACCAGACGUCUCAGAGCCCGCCGACGUCCCGAAAGGCGACGAAUACCGCGCUGCGCGCCCUACCAAGUUCAAGUUCAAAUCGAAGCGUUCCCGAGAUUACGACGACUACGACUCCCACCACAGACACAAGCGGAGGAAAAGCGAAAACGAUGAUCAACGGCAUGGGCGCCGUCACCGCCACCAUAGUCGGAGGCAUACCGUGAAUGACGACCCGAGCGCCUAUGAUGACGCCUACACUGCCACCACGCGGUCUGAUCAAUACAUGGAUCCCGAUGCCGCCUUCCGCGAGUCUCUUUUCGAUGCUCUUGCCGAUGACGAGGGUGCCGCAUAUUGGGAAGGGGUUUACGGCCAGCCCAUCCACACAUACCCCAUGGAACAACAAACGCCAACAGGAGAGCUGGAGCGCAUGACGGAUGAGGAAUACGCCGAGCAUGUCCGACGCAAGAUGUGGGAGAAAUCGCACCAGCACAUACUCGAAGAGCGCGAGAGACAGGACAAGGAACGCCAGAGAAGGAAGGCGGAAGAAAAUGCACAGCGCGAACGCACCAGCCGAAUGCAUGAGGACCAUGACAGCUUCCAACGAAGCGUGGAGGCAAGCCUGAAGCGAGGCGAGGAACGGAAAGCGAAAAAGAAGUGGAAGGAGGUCUGGGCAAGAUACACUAAGCGAUGGGAAGACAUCGCAGCUGGUGCUGUGGACAGAGACGUCGCCGUAGAAGACCUGUUGCCGUGGCCUGUCGAAACUGGCAAAGUCAAACACGUCUCCAAGGAAGAAGUGGAACGUUUCCUCCGCAGCGUACCGCUUGAAGGGGAUGAGGUUGCCACACAACUCAAGACAGAGCGUGUGCGCUGGCAUCCUGACAAGAUCCAGCACAGAUUUGGAGAGCGCGGCAUCGACGAAGCUACGAUGAAAGCCGUUACUGCCAUAUUCCAGGUCAUAGACAGGAAGUGGAGUGAGGUGCGCGAGAGGAAAGCGAAGGCAUGA